AUGGCGGAGGAGGCGCCGCCGCCGCCGCCGCCGCCGCCGCCGUCGCGGGAGAUGACCCCCCUCGAGCUGAUGCGGCAUCGGAACGAUCUCAUGCACAGCGCGGAGAGCAUCCACGCGGGACGGUCGUUCGCGCCGAGGCCGACGGACGUGUUCAUCGUGACGUAUCCCAAGUGCGGCACGACGUGGGCGACGCAGGCGCGUUCUAUACACCGGGCCCCAUACGACCGCGUCGGCGUGGUGUGUCACCAGAUUCGCUGCAUCGCGUCGAACGCGUCGUGCGCGGCGAAGCACGCCGCCGCGAUGGGCGGGCCGGCGUCCGGCGCGACUGCGCGCGCGCACGUCGUCGACGCGAUGGCGUUCGGAGAGAUCACGCAGGUCGUGCCGUGGGACAUCCUCGCGCUGGACUGCGGACAGCGCCUCGACGACGAGCAAGUGUGCGACCCGAGGCUCUUCAAGUCUCACGAGCGAUGGGAGAACGUCGCCAAGGGCGCGCGGUACGUCUGCGUCGUGCGCGACCCGCUGGACGUCUUCUUCUCCUUCUACAACUUUCUCCCCGCGUACAUGGGCAUCGCGCCGGGGAAGAUCACGCACGAGGAGUUCGCGGACGCCAUCUUCGCGGGCGCGUCGCACAGCGGACACGUGUGGGCGCACUUCUUGGGGUACUGGGAGCAGAGAGCGCGCGAGGACGUUCUGCUGGUGUGUUUCGAGGACAUGAAAGAGAACCUCGCGCGCGUCGUCGAACGCGUCGCGCGAUUCAUCUUGGGCGACGGAAACGGUAACGGUGACGGAAACGCCGCGAGCGCGAGCGCGUUCGAGUGGACGAGCGCGAUGACGGACGAGGUGUGCGAGAAGUCCGAGUUCGAGUACAUGCGGUCGCGCGCGGCGCAGUUCGACGAUCACUUCGUUCGCGAGGAGAUGUGGCGCCGCGUGCGCAUCGACGAGAACGAGUGGGGCGGGGAUAAGCUCGUGGGGAAGGUGCGCGAGGGCGGGGGGAAGGUGGGCGGGGGGAAGGAAGGCAUGAGCGCGGAGCUGCGGGAGAGGAUAGAGAAGCGCUGGGACGAGGUCAUGAGACCCGCGGGGUUCGAGGCGUACGCCGACUUUCGAGCCGCGAUAAACGCGCUGUAUCGAUGA